AUGAAUCGAUACUCUCAAGAACAAAUUUCUCCUGAAAAAGAGCCUGUAAAGCCUCAUGUUGCUGAGACUUUUACCGAUACAUUGCUGCCUACUGAUGAUGAAGUCAGGUAUCUUGGGAAUGCAUGGAAUUACUGUGGAUAUUUCCAUAAAGAACUUAAAGACUGUGUAGAAGACGGAGUGGUCAAAGGAGACCAAUAUUUAUUUAAAAAAUGCAAAAAUAAGGUGGAAGAGCUACAUCACUGCUACUCGUGGAGAGAGCCAACUGAACAAGACUUGAGUGCUAAUACUUUUACGAAAGAGACUCAAAAAUGCUUAUAUCCGAGAGAACUGUUCUUGAAAUGCUAUUUUAAACAAGCAGAAUCUUGGGAAAGCUGCCACCCAGCUUGGAGUAAUCUUUAUUCUUGCCAGUUUAGAAGCAAUCCUAAAGCUUAUACAAUCUUUUAG